AUGUCCUCAGAGCCGUUAUCGUUAUCAGGAUCAUCUUCAUCCUCAAGUUCAGGUCACAAGAAGGCUAAUGAACUGGUAUUAGAAGACGCCAUUGUGCGUAGUUCUAUUGAAACUGUUGAUCUUAUAACCCCCAAGAAUCUCAAUAAUCCAUCUACCAAAACAACUGCAGAUAACUUACAAGCGUAUAUUGAAGGAUAUCACGAGUUUUUAUCUAAUGCCAAGACUUUGUUUAGUGAAAGACCUUUGGCCGAUUUUCAAUAUCUAUGGUUGGAAGCAAUUUAUAGAUUAACAUUUACUUUGGUCAAAUUAAAGAAAUCAUUUAGUCAAUUGUAUCUACAUGUUCAACCUUAUGAAAUUGACUCCAUUGGUCCCAAGGCAAUUAUGUUGAAUACUAAAUUGAUGCAAGCUACGGAAGAAUGGAGUAUAAUUAUGUGUGAGUUUUUCAAUAAUGCCCAUUCAAUAGUAGUUGCAUUUCGAAAUAAAAUGCAAAGUUUGAUUGGACAAUGUUUAAAAUUAUUAUUAGUUGAAGAAAUGGAAGAUGAUAGAUUUGAGCACAUUUCUAACGCAAUAUUACAACUGAUUCAAACGUAUUUAAUUAAUCAUAAACUUGACAUUGAAAUUCUUAUUAGAUUUAGUGAAGCCAUUUAUAAAUUAGGCAAAUCACCAUUGAUUUUACCACUUUUACAAGAAUUUGAUCCUGAACUACCUAUGGAUUUGAUUGCUUCAAGUUCAAUCAAUUUGGUUGAUGUGAUGAAUUUUUAUCGCUAUGUUUCAUUUAAUUUAGUGUCUUUAUCAGUGAAUGAUAGAAAAUAUACCAAGUUGGCAGAAAUUUAUUUCAGAAUUUUGUUAGCUUUCCCUAAUUUAAAUUUGAAUUUAUUCAUUAAAGAUGAAGAUGAAAAGGGGCUGUUUAUAGACAAACGCGAUGAAUUCAUUGUUAACUUAUUGGAAAGACAGGAACUUUCAUUGAUGUAUAUAUUAAAUUAUCUUUUAGACGUUGGGUCGUUACGAAAGUUACUUGAGUCAUCUCAAUUGUAUCAAAAAGAAUUUUUAUUCCUUGUUGAUAGCGUUUCCUUAUCGCUUUCUAAAGAUAUCGAUAAAUUGGCCUCACAAACAACAAGUACAAGAUCAAGUAUGGUAUCUAUACCACAAUAUAACAUGGAAAUCGAAAGAAAAUUGGAAAUUGAGAAGAAAUUGGCAAGCAGCAAAUAUAAAUACAGUUCCUUGGGUAGUGUUAUAUUUAAUGGUUCCUAUAAGGAAAAGCUACGAUUAAUAGUGAAUUUUGGUGAAUGUUUACUUUCUCCUAAUCUACUUGUGAAAGAAUUGAAAACCAAAACUGCUGAUAAUAAUGAUAGUUAUGUUGAGUCGAAUAAAGUUGUAGAAAGGUUGAUACAUGCAACUAACAAGAUUAAAGAAGAAUUAUUAAUUUUAUAG